AAUCACCUCACGUAGAAAAGGAAAGCAUACAAAAGAAAUAUUUAAAUCAUGAAUAGUUAUUAUGGUACUAUAGCGGAGAGGUGGGAGGUCCUAAGCGGUGGCACAAACUGGCAGGGACUAAUAGACCCUCUUGACCUUGAACUUCGAAAAUACCUAAUUCACUAUGGGGAGAUGGCCCAAGCCACCUACGACACCUUCAACGCCGAUCUGUUCUCCAAGCUCGCCGGCAGCAGCCGCUACUCAGAGGCCCAUCUCUUCUCCAAGGUUGGACUCGAAAAGGGUAACCCGUACAAGUACGAGGUUACCAAGUAUUUAUACGCCACAUCCUCUCAUCCUGUCCCAGAUGCCUUCAUCGUCAAGUCUAUUCGGCUUGACGCUUGGAGCAGGGAGUCGAACUGGAUGGGGUAUGUGGCGGUGGCGACCGACGAUGGGAAGUUGGAGCUGGGGAGGAGGGACAUAGUUGUGUGUUGGAGAGGGACGGUUCGAACGUUGGAGUGGGUUAAUGAUUUUGAUAUGUCGUUAGUGCAUGCACCGAAGAUCUUUGGUGAUGGCGGUGAUCAGCCUAUGGUUCAUAGAGGGUUUUACUCCAUUUACACUUCAAAAAAUCCAGCUUUUCCUUUUAAUGUCACUAGCGCAAGAGAUCAGCAAGGCGGGGUGGCUGAUUGGCUUCCGACUCAUCACCGUGCGGAGUCCAACAAUGUUUGAUGACCUUGAGGAUAGAAACUCUCUUCUUUUGAGGCCCCGCCUACAAGGUUCCACCAAAGUUCACGGACCUUGGGGUCAACAUCCGUGUCUUGAGUGAAGUGAAGAGAUUGGUAGAACUAUACAGGAAUGAAAAGGUGAGCAUAACCAUUUGCGGGCAUAGCCUAGGAGCAUCACUUGCAACCCUAAACGCAAUCGACAUAAUGAAAAACGUACUCAACGAAACAAGGACUGCCGGGAAAGCUUUUCCGGUGACGGUUUUCGCAUUCGCUAGCCCUAGGAUCGGCGACAGCAACUUAAGGAAGGCCUACGAGACGACUCCAAACCUACAUCUCUUGCGUGCCCGUAAUGUGCCCGAUGUGGUCCCAGAAGUUCCUCCAGCGACUCCAUUGACCGGUUACACGGACAUCGGUGUUGAGCUGACGAUCGAUGUUACAAAGUCAAAGUUUGUGAGGCAGCCAGGGGAGUUAUUCAGUUGGCAUCUUCUGGAGCCUUACUUGCAUGGAAUUGCCGGAACAAAAGGGGUCAGGAGUGGGGAUGGGUUUGAGCCGGUGGUCAAUCGUGACUUUGCUUUGGUCAACAAACAUUUAGACUAUUUGAAAGAGAAAUAUGGCAUUCCUGGGAAAUGGUGGAUUGAGAAGAAUAAGGGAAUGGUUCAGCAGAAUGAUGGAUCUUGGAAAUUUAUGGAUCAUGAAGAAGGCUAUAUCCCAACACCACCACCAUGACGUCGAUCACUAUAUUACUUUAAUUUAGUGACUCAAUAUAUAAAUCCUUUAGUAAAUAACUUUUCUCUGUCAAAUUAAAGUCCCUAUAAGUACCAUACUAUAUGAAAUUGUUACUUCAUUCUAAUAUAUUGUUCUAAAAUUGUUAGCUGCUUGAGUUAGUUACUUUGUACUUUCUUAACAUCUUCUUAUAAUUCUGAUGGCUUUAAAUUGAU